AUGUCCCUCAACAGAGACACUGAUCCAAUAGAAGACGGUGUGGAGAUGGAGUUUCCCAGGUGUUCGCUGCCAGAAUUAUAUGCCCUUGUUGAGAAUAUGAACAAGGAGAGCAAGAAAUCCAAUCGUCUAAAAACUCACAGUAUUUCACCAAAUGAAGCACAGGAAAUACUUAGUCAAAACCUGAAUACCAUGUCAUUCACCAGCAGAACUGAUUUGAGAGAAGAUGCCCAACCUGUUUUCCUAAAAACAAUUCAUGGAUCUAAGGGAUCUGGAAUGGAAAUAUUUUAA